AUGUCCAGAAGAGUCGCGGACAGCGAGGUUAUCGUUCCCACGAGUGAGCAGGUGUUGGAAAGACUCGCGCACGGCAAGCUUAUUGUUCCUAACUGUAGUGAACAGCUGUUUGAAGAAAUCGCUCACGCAAAACCUUACCUUCGAAUGAACCUUAUCGAAGGCCAACUAGAAUCAAUGCCGUUCUCAAGGAAACGAAUGAAAAAAUAUUGUUUAGAUGCAAAAGAAUUUGAUAUCAUCGGACAACUUUAUGUAUGGUGUCGUGCCAACAAGAACCUGGUUGGACAGGGUGGUGCUUCCCAGGGUGCUUUUAGAGUGCCUAACAGCAGGGGUGGCUUUAACAUUUUAGGUCCUGAUGCAUCUGUUAUUCUUAGUCCCAGAUGGAACGCUUUCCUAGCUAACCAACCACCCAGACGACCCGGAGAACCAAAUUAUCCGGAAGUAACACCUAAUUUUAUUAUAGAAAUAAGGUCCGAAAGUGAUACGGCCUUAGAUGUUGACCGAAAGAUGAAUCUGUGGAUGAGGGGAGGAGCCGAGGGAAGAAGGGAUAUCGAUCGAUCCUUUUACAAAUAUAAUAAGGGUCUAUACCUUGGAUGUCAACACCAAUACUAUCAUUUGUCAAGAGAUUCUGAAUUGUACCUCGGCUACACAGAUUCCUUCACAACUUCUUCCCGGAUUUGUGUUGAGUAUGCAAUACGUCCUCUGAUG